AUGAACGAAACUCGUCAAAGAAAGUGUCCAAAUGUCAAAGAAUUUGGUCCAGGAAACAAAGAAUCAUGGGAUUUCAUAAACAAGUUAAAUAUGAAGUGCUAUGAAGUAGUCAGAGGAACAAAAGAUGAAAAUAACCUCAAUAGAAUCAUAUUUUUCAACACUUACUCAGGAAAUUCCAGUUUCGAAGCCAUGAAGAACGUAACUAUUCCUGAUGAUAAAUAUGUUGCUUUGUCUGUCAACAACUAUGAUCCUUAUUUCUUCACAAUGGACAAUGAUGAAAAGAGCAAUCAUAAAUUCCCUGGAAAGAGCGGAUACGGAAAAGAUUAUGAAGAAAGCAUUUUAGAAUCAUUCAAAAAUCUUACUGCUGCAAUGAGAAUGAAUAAUAUUGAAGUUGUUAUUACUGAGUUUGGAUCCAGGAAUUUUAAUAAUCUUGAAGACAGAAUGAGAUGGUGUGAAUUCUAUCUUGGAUGUGCAAGAGAUUUCAACAUCAAAUGCUUCUGGUGGGAUGACGUUGUCAUCACAUCUUAUGCAGUGUUCGACCGCGCAAACAACAAAUUCUUUGAAGAAACCGAACCUCUUGUAAAUAAAAUAAUUGAAAUGACUAAAUGA